AAUCAUAACAAAAUGAUACAAUUGAACGCAAUAUCACACUGUUGUUGAACCGAUCGAACGAGUAUUACAGAGGAUUAGAAGCCGCAUAGAGUGUUGAAUGGUACGAUGACAUCAAAAUUACUAUAUUCUGCUAUCGGAAAAGCCGAUCGGACACUGUUUAAUAGUGGCGUAAAUCGGCAAAUGCGAAAUUUUUUCGCAUAUUUGCGUGUGGCCUUCAAUAAAGUUGACGCACAGCGCCUCGAAGAAGUUGGACCGGAUCGAUUAUGUGCCGAGUGGGUCAUUAAAAAUGGAGGAGCUGUUCAAUUUAAGAAUCAUCAGCAGCCAGUGAAGGAAUACAACUCACUUAACACCAACAAUUCAGCACAGAUUCGAUUGGUCGAUGGAACGGAUUCAUCCAUCAUGGCCCUUGGUUUUGAGCAUUUCAAGGGUUGCAAAGCAAUCGAACACAUCAUUCUGAACCGAUGCAAGCAUAUGGAAAACGAGGCACUGGAACAAUUGGUAUAUGUGAAGAAUUCAUUGAAAGAAUUGCAAGUGACCAAUUGUUCGAAUGUUGUCGAAAGUGGCCUACUGUCAUUGAAGCAAUUGAAUCAUCUGCAGAAGCUUACCAUCUACGGCUUUAUUUACAUCAAAGAUUUCAACGGCGUCGUAAGCCAAUUGAAAAAAGAUCUGCCCGGCUGUGAAAUUGUUACCGAUAAACAAUGACCAUUGCGUCUCACCAAUUUCCGCAAUUAUUUUGUCUCUUUCACUUCAUUGAUCUAGUCGUACGUGUGUGCGUAAAACUGUUGAAAUAUUUUCGAAAUAAAAGUCUUCAAAAGGUUCUUAGAGGAAUUCAUUCUUCUUAUUUUAA